AUGGCCAUUGCAAUGCAGAGCAUCUUGAGAUUUGGCUUCAAAUGGCUCUUCCUAGCAACUUUUAUGCUAGCCUGUGAUGGACAAGGUGGAAAAAGAGAGAACGGUGGUCCUGCCUGUUAUGGAGGAUUUGAUUUGUAUUUCAUUCUAGACAAAUCAGGAAGUGUCCUGCACCAUUGGAAUGAAAUAUAUCAUUUUGUGGAACAUUUGGCCCGCAAGUUCAUAAGCCCUCAGCUGAGGAUGUCCUUCAUCGUUUUUUCAACUAGAGGGACAAUUCUAAUGAGGUUAACUGAAGACAGGGAACAGAUACGCCAGGGACUAGAAGAGCUGCAGAAAGUCCUUCCGGGAGGCGACACAUACAUGCAUGAAGGAUUUGAAAGGGCAAGUGAACAGAUUUACUAUGAAAAUGUUCACGGUUACAGAACUGCAAGUGUCAUCAUUGCAUUGACAGAUGGAGAACUCCACGAAGACCUAUUUUUCUACUCUGAGAGGGAGGCUAAUCGGUCGCGUGACCUGGGAGCAACAGUAUAUUGUGUCGGUGUGAAAGACUUCAAUGAGACCCAGCUGGCUAGAAUUGCCGACAGCAAAGAUCAUGUCUUUCCAGUGAAUGAUGGUUUUGAAGCUCUUCAGGGGAUCAUAGACUCUAUUUUGAAGAAAUCCUGUAUAGAAAUUCUGGCAGCAGAGCCUUCCAGUAUAUGUGCAGGGGAGUCGUUUCAGGUUGUCGUGAGGGGAAAUGGAUUUCGACAUGCCCGUAAUGUUGACAGAGUGCUCUGCAGUUUCAGGAUCAAUGACACGGUUACUCUCAAUGAGAAGCCUUUUGUUGUGGAAGAUACCUACUUACUCUGCCCAGCACCUGUGCUACGAGAAGUUGGCAUGGAGGCAGCUCUCCAAGUCAGUAUGAAUGAUGGUCUGAGCUUCAUCUCUAGCUCUGUCAUCAUCUCCAGCACACACUGUUCAGAUGGGACCAUCCUGGCUAUUGCGUUGUUGAUCCUCUUCCUCCUGCUGGCGUUGGUUCUUCUCUGGUGGUUCUGGCCUCUUUGCUGCACAGUGAUCAUCAAAGAGCCCCCACCACCACCUGCAGAAGACAGUGAGGAGGAAGAUGAUGAUGGCCUUCCAAAGAAGAAAUGGCCAACAGUAGAUGCCUCCUAUUAUGGUGGACGAGGAGUUGGUGGCAUCAAACGAAUGGAGGUGCGCUGGGGAGAAAAGGGCUCCACAGAAGAAGGCGCUAAGUUAGAGAAAGCCAAGAAUGCCAGAGUCAAGAUGCCAGAACAGGAAUAUGAGUUCCCCGAACCCAGGAACCUCGCGAACAACAUGCGCAGGCCUUCCUCUCCUCGGAAGUGGUACUCUCCAAUCAAGGGGAAAUUGGAUGCUCUCUGGGUCUUGCUGCGGAAAGGUUACGACCGUGUAUCUGUGAUGCGUCCGCAGCCAGGAGACAAGGGCCGUUGCAUCAAUUUCACCAGAGUGAAGAACACAGAGGCCCCACCCAAAUACCCGCUCAACAACGCAUACCCUCCGUCAUCUCCACCU